AUGGCAGGCAAAUGUCCUGAUUGUCCAGCGGAGAGCCUUGGGUCGGCGGGACGAGGGCACAAUCUCGUUGUAACCUCUGUGGUGGCCCCCAUUCUCGCCACAUUCCUGGUCUCUAACCGCCUUUACUGGCGUUUCCGCAUGUUGGGACGCUUUGGCCUCGAUGACCUUGCAACUGUUCUAGCUACAGCAUUCCUUAUUGCUCAAUGCACUGCGUCUAUCGCAGCCGUCAACUUUGGAUAUAGCAGCCCUCUUGAUGUUUUGGAACGUCAGCAAGCUUCUCAAGCAUUGAACUGCUUUUUCCUGGUUCAAAUCUUUUACAAACUCACCAUCAACUGUACCAAGCUAUCCGUCCUCUUCUUAUACCUUCGCAUAUUUGUCGAUCGUCCUUGGUUUGUACGCACAUGCUGGGUCUUGAUCCCUUUCGUGCUUUGCGCCUGUAUCUGCUUUACCAUAGCAACUCUGAUGCAGUGCAGCCCGAUGUCGAGCGCCUGGCAUCCUUGGAAUGCCGAGAGAAUCUGUGUGAAUAUUUAUGGUUUGUGGUACAGCAACGCAAUCUACAACAUUUUUACGGAUUUCAUCAUUGUUUUGAUGGUACUCCCAGUUAUCUUCACACUAAAACUACCGAUUCGUCAGAAGAUAGCCCUGACCGGAGUCUUCGGCCUUGGGGGCAUUGUCUGCGCCGCAUCAAUCUCACGUCUGACGACUCUCUACGCCUCAGCAUAUGGUACCGAUGUCACAGCAGGCUCUCUGGUGUCGACCAUAUGGACAACAGUAGAAGCUGGUCUCGGGGUCAUUUGCGCCAACCUACCAAUGUUAAGAACACCAAUCCAGCAUAUCUUCCCACGGCUUUUCCCUUCAAGAUCAGGAACGAAUCAAAUAUCAAACAGAAGCAUAUCCUUGCCAUGCAGAUCAAGCCACAGUACCACAAUGGUCUCUCCGUUAGCUGGCCCCCAGGCUGCAUCCUAUAUUGCAAGUUAUGGAGAUGCAGUCCGCUCAGUACAAGUCUCGUUGGACAGUUCCAAUACGUUCAACGAUAUCUCUUAUCCGCGAGAUGAAUGCUACUGGCGACCAUGUCUUGAUUCCUUGCCUGAAAACAGUGAUCUCGAACUGCGGGCAGUGCCUAGCCCUCAACCAAACGAAGAGCCUUUGGAUCACAUAUCGGAAGCCGAGCAGGACUGGUAUCAGUGUCGGCAAGUAGCAUGGUAA